AACUUAUGUCCAUUCAUCUCGGAUUUAACAAACAAAACAAUCACAGCCAUCUAUAACUCAUCUUGUGCUUCAUAUACUCAUUAUGCCUUCUGAAAAAUUUGACUACGAAGCUGUUCGUCAAUCGAUUCGAAAAAUCCUCACUCAACCAGGUUACGACAACUAUGAGGAAGGUACCAAGAACACAGCUGGGCCAAUUCUGGUUCGUUUAGCUUGGCAUGCUGCUGGUACUUAUGAUAAAGAAACCGACACUGGUGGAUCGGAUGGAGCUGGGAUGCGCUACGAGGCAGAGGGAGGAGAUCCGGCUAACGCUGGGCUUCAACAUGCCCGAGUGUUCCUCGAGCCUAUCAAAGAGGAACACCCUUGGAUCACAUAUGCUGACUUAUGGACGCUAGCAGGCGUUGUGGCAAUAGAAGCCAUGGGUGGCCCUAAAGUUCCUUGGAAAUCAGGGAGAACUGACUUUGUUGAUGAUACCAAGUGUGCCCCAAGAGGCCGUUUACCCGACGCAUCUCAAGCUCAUGAUCACCUUCGGAGCGUAUUUUAUCGAAUGGGCUUCAACGAUCAAGAGAUCGUUGCCUUAUCUGGUGCUCAUAACUUGGGUAAAUGUCACUCCGAUCGUUCCGGAUAUGAGGGACCUUGGGUCAACAACCCUACCCGAUUCAGCAACCAAUACUUCAAGUUACUCAAGAAAUUGGAGUGGAAGAAGAAAGAAUGGACAGGUCCUGAGCAGUACGUCAACUCAGACUUUGGUGAUGAGUUGAUGAUGCUUCCAACCGAUCGGGCAUUACUCGCUGAUCCAUCAUUCGCCGUAUGGGUUGACAAAUAUGCCGAUGACAGAGAUCUUUUCUUCGCAGACUUUGCCAAGGCCUUCGAUAAAUUAUUAGAACUAGGCGUUAAAAGAAAUCAACACGGUUAUGAAGCAGCUGAUAAAAAAUCUGGUGCUCCAGGUGCACCAGGUCAAACUGGACCAGAUUGUGAAGCUGAUGGAUUGGCUAAAGGUAAUGAUGCUAGAAGUGAUUCUAAACUUUAG